AUGGCAUCGCUGAUUCCUUUAUCCGAUCAGGAGGUUUUCGCUGUAUUCAGAAAAAAGUUAAAAACCCUUUCGUUUCAUUGGGCAAACAUGGCUGACGCAUUUGAAGAUGAAACUGAGCAAACGGUUUCACUGAACGAGUACCUUGAUGAAGUUGAAGAUCAGGAACUUGAAGCAGAUUUAGUUCUGGGUGGUGAUGAAGGAAAAGAGUGCACCUAUGGCAAAGGCUAUAUGAAGAGGCAAGCAAUUUUCUCAUGCAUAACAUGCACCCCAGAUGGAAAUGCUGGUGUUUGCACAGCUUGUAGUUUGUCUUGCCAUGAUGGACAUGAGAUUAUCGAGCUUUGGACCAAGAGAAAGUUCAAGUGUGAUUGUGGAAACUCAAAAUUUGGAGAAUUCUUUUGCAAACUUUUAGUAAGCAAAGAUAUUGAAAAUGAGGAAAACUCCUACAACCAUAACUUCAAGGGCAAAUACUGUACAUGUGGUCGACCUUAUCCUGAUCCAGAUGCUGAAGAGCAAGUGGAAAUGAUCCAGUGUUGCAUAUGUGAAGAUUGGUUUCAUGAGGAACAUCUUGGCCUUACCAAUGAGGUUAAAAUCCCAAGAGACGAAGAUGGUGAACCUCUAUAUGAAGAUCUCAUCUGCCACAUCUGCUCACCAAUUUGUUCCUUUUUACAUCUUUACCCUCAAACCAUAUUUGCAUCUGAUAAUCCACAAAACCCCACAACCCCAUCUAAACAAAAAUCCAUAGAAACCACACCUUCAUCUUCUGGACCUUCUACAAAUCCAGAACUUACUAAAAACAUGAUUCUUGGUGAGAAAUCCGGGACAUGUGUUCUUGGUGUUGACCUUUUGUCCAAUGAGUUGACCUCUGACAAAAGUCAAAGUCAAAGUCAAAGUCAGCCGAUGUUUCUUACAAAGAACUGGAGGGAAGCACUGUGUGGAUGUGAGAAAUGUUUGGGGUUUUAUGAAAAGAAAAAGAUUAGUUAUUUGGUUGAUAAGGAGGAUUCGAUUGCUGAGUAUGAGAGAAUGGCAAAAGAAAAGAGGGAUGAAAAGAUGCAACAACAAGAAGGGGCUGAAAUGAAUUUUUUGAGUAAUCUUGGACAUGUGGAGAAGAUGGAAAUACUUUCGGGUAUUGCUGAUAUGAAAGAUGAGAUCCGUUCGUUUCUGCAAUCAUUUGAUGCAUCGAAGCCAAUCACAUCUGAUGACAUCCACAAAGUGUUUGAUAACCUUAAGAAACGCCGAAGAAUGGACUGAGUUCAUUCAGUUAGGCUUUAAGUUAGCCUUCUUUGAAAGAAUGGCUUCACUUUGAAACUAAAAACUUUUUAAGUUUUUUCCUUUGUUAAGAAUCAAGAACUAGAUCUUUGUUUAGACAUGUUGUGGUUGUUGGUGUUUGUUCUUGACUUGAAUAUUUCUAAUCAUGUUAAAAUUGCACUUUGGAUGACUUUCAACCUGUUUGAGUUUACUGGGUUAAGGACUUAAUAUGGAC